AUGGCUGGACGGAAAGUUGAUAUGAGUUCAAAAAUACCGGGAACGCCUGCUUUCGAGAGCUCAAUAUUGAGUAAUUUUAGACGGCGACCUCGGCAAGCGAGCAUUCUGCAAAUGAUGCAAGCAGAGGAUGGCUCGUCUGACCUGGACGAUGAUGACUUUUUGGGUGGUUUGAGCCCCGAAGACGAGUCCACGCCCCUAAAUCUUCCCCGAGGAAAAUCGCUUCUCAUUAGGCAAGCCGUAUCCCCGUCUCCAUCCCAGCCUUCAUUGCCUUCUAGUGUGGAGUCACGCAAGCGGAAACGGUCUAUCGAAGAAUGUCAGGUCCAUCAGUCGCCUCCAGCCGUAGCGGAGAACACUCGCAGAGGAGAGUCACCUCAUACAAGGAACGAGGACUCCCUGAAACUAACUCAACCAUUGCGGUCUUUAGAUGCGUUCAGUCAGACUAUGGCACCGCCUCUAAGCAGCAGUCCCAUGUCGAGUCCCGUUCUCCCAGCCUCCACAUCAGACUCAGCGCGACCGUUAAAUUUUACUAAAGGCACAAAGGUACACCCAGACGUCUCUAAUGAGGCGACUACCAUCCCCACGGCAACUUUACAAGACCGACUCCUCCCUCGGCGUCGCCAACGGUACCGCGAACGCCGCAACGUGGUUGGAUUAGAAUUUCCAGGCGGCUCGAGUGAAGAUGAUGCUUCUGCUGCAGAACAGGACUAUGACGAAUCGAAUCACUCACACAGAAGAAGGCGAGCUGCCAAGUCAAAGCUGAACCCUUACUCCGAAUCCCGGCGGGGAGUUGAGCAAAGGGCUGGAAUAGUGGUCAAUAAGGGUAAUGGCCUAAAGAAUCCUGCGGGGAUUACGAAAGCCCUAAAUCCAGCCCCCGAGAAUCAUCAUGAAACCAGACUUUCCACCAGACCUCAUGCACAAAAAGUCACCGGCGAAGAAAGCCAGCUGACCGACAUAUCAUCACCCUUGUCUCCACCACUUGAUUCAGAUGCAUUGGAGUCCGUCUCACUGUCGGAGUCGCCACCACCGGUCGAUUUCCUCAGCGAAGAGCUGAGGCUACAAGCGAAGAAAUUUGCUGAGGUUGAUGAAUGGGAAAUGGAAUUUGAGGAUGUUCCUGGUAGCCAAGGCAGUGCAUUGGAGUAG